CUGGAAGCCAAGAUGGCGCAGUAACAAGUUCCCCUCCUCUUCCGACCGAUCGAGUUGAACACAUACUCUCGGUGAGCUCAACUCGGAUCCCAUGCAGCUCAAGGUCCCAGUACGUGCCGGCGAGCUACGUGUUUACCCACGCUUCGUAGAAUGGCUGCAGCUGACAAAAAGGGCAGAGAGGGCAGAGAUCUCAGGCAUUCUCAGUUCCAUGGGGGUAUAUCGACGCUUCUCGCUGAAUGAGAAAUGGAAUACAAGUAACGUUGGGGUCUGUUGAUGGCCUGAACAGACGAUAUCUGGCAGCUCAGCGCGCGCACUAGAAAUCUAAGCGGCUAGUAUGAGACUUGAAUGAGACACACCACAUGCCCUCUCCUUCAUAAGCACGACCGGAUAGCUGAGACACGCACACCCGGUUCGCUUUCUCGCGAUGAUAUAUCUCAGCGGCAGAGAACGCUCCAACAGCCAGGCCUCGAGCAAUCUCCUUCCGGUCACACUAUUGCCGAUACGAACGAGCAGGAUGACAUUCUGGGGCCGCGUCUGCACGAUAUUGGCGGGCGUCGUAGUGGUCGUCGUCGUCUAUCAUGUCUAUCCUUCGGAGCCAGGCUUCCCAGAAGACAUGGGAUUUGUCGGGAGCCCAGAACCGAUGUGGCUGAUAGAGCUCGAUUACAGCAAGGAUUCGGUGGCAGCACUCGACAGGGCAAGUCCGGCCACACCAGUCGAAGCCAGUCCGGAAUCCAUCGCCGCCACGCGCAUCGACGAGUUGUUUCAGCGACAGUCUCAGACGAUCCAGGAGGCAGAAACCCAUUAUAGCCUACGGAAUGGUCGCCUUCCACCGCCGAAUUUCGACAAGUGGUUCGCCUAUGCACAAGAACACAAGUGUCUUGUCGACGAGUACCACCAGAUUCAUCGCGAUUUCGAGCCCUUCUACCAGUUGGCAAAAGAAGACCCGGUGCAGUUCAAGAGAAUGGUCGAAUUGGGACGGCGCCUAAUGCUGCUGGACCCAAAGGGGAUGGUGACUAUCAAGAUCGAGAAUGGCACGAUCGAGAUGCCGACGUAUCGAGGCUCGGUGUGGGAUGACGAAUGGAAGGCCACAUUGACCAAGUUCCUCGACGUCCUGCCAGAUAUGGAGUUCCUCAUCAAUGGCCGCGACGAGCCCCGCGUUGUCUUCAACACCCAAGAUCCCAGAAACCGCAAAACGGCGCUAGCCAUCGCGGACACCCAACCAUUCCGCAUCCGACCGGCACCCACUUCUGAUUUCUUCAAAGAACGUGCCGAGUGUCGGACGAUCUUGACCGAGAAGGGGACCUCAAUCGACGCACUAGAGGAUGUUGCGUUCAUCAACUUCAGCUCCAGCUCCGACUUCACGACCGACUUGUAUCCGCUCCUCAGCAUGACCAAGACCACCUCGAGCUGCUUCGCGGACAUCAUGUUCCCGGGCCAAUACUACUACGACUCGUCGCAGUGGUCAGGAAAGUUCAGCCGCCCGAACGAUAUCUCCUGGGAAGACAAGAAGGCCCAAUUAUACUGGCGGGGUUCGUCGAACGGAGGGACCAUCUUGAACGACAACUAUCACAAAUUUUCCCGCUUCCGGCUCGUCAAGAUCGCUGCCUCCCGACCGGAUAUCAUCAACGCUCGCAUGACGGGGUGGUACGCAGAGCACUGCAAGCCCGAGUACGACUGCGAUGCGGGGCCCAUCAUCGCCGAGUAUCUCGUCCCAGGCGGUUUCAGUCCUCGCGAAGAAGUGUAUCAGUACAAGUUCGCCCUCGAUGUCGAUGGAAACACGUUUUCCGGAAGGUAUCUGGGUCUUCUGAGAUCCGGGUCGCUCGUUUUCAAGGCGAGCUUGCAUAACCUCUACACAUAGGGCGGCAAUGGGCUGACCGGACCCCCAGGCGACCGCAUUCACUGAAUACUUCAGCGACUGGCUGCGUCCCUAUGAGCACUACAUCCCCGUGAAGAUUGACUUGUCGGAUCUGGUGGAGAAGGUCGAGUGGGCACGGGCACAUGAUAAAGAAGCACGCCAGAUUCAGGCGAACGGAAUGCUCUUUGCGCAGCGGGUGCUGACCGAUAGGCAGAACGACUGCUAUUUCGCCGCGGUGCUGCUCGAGUGGGGUCGAUUACAGAAGAUUUCUGAGGGAAUUUGAAGCGGUAAAGCAUAAAUUGCUUGUACAACAGAUUUAUAGGAAGAGCGAGAGACACUGGAGACUGGAUGAGGUUGUUGGUCACCUAUCCGAGUCCGUCACGUCGGAAACGCGAUCACGUGCGCUCAAAUCUGGAUCAUGCCCUCCUCGUAGCCGCCCACAUCUGCGAUCUUCCACUUGGAGACUGUGACAUGAACAAUCUUCACAACCUCAACAUCACGUCCGUGCAGCUUGAUAGCCCGUUUGCGGGAAGUCCACAACAGAGCACUUACACAGAGCUACGAUGGCAAAGAGCGGAACGCUAAACGGAACCCAGAAUAUUGACAUGACAAUCGCCAGGACUUGGAAGCGGAGUCAAUGAGCUGUAGUGCCAAGAUGUGGGUGGAUCGUACCCAGCCAGAACGACCCGAAAAAGACCAGGACGUAAAUUUGGUCGAUGUUCCGUCUCAAAGAUAAAGAGAAUGGACCCUGAUUGAGUUGUGUCGCGAUAGGAUGCCGGCGUCCAGCGUAUAAACUGGUAGACGGUCAGACGACUACAAUGGGCAGCACUCGUGAUAGUGGCUCACAGCAGACCCAAGAACAGAGCGGUAGGCACCGAGAGAAUGACGCUCAAUAUCAUAAGGAUAUCUAUCGAAAGUCUCGAUGGAGAUUCUUGCGACGAGAUUAUGACUCACUGGGGCAGCUUGCAGCGGCCAUCAUUACG